CCACUACUUUAGAGAUACAUAUCGAUGGAUAUUAAUAAGAGUACUUUUUGCCUAACGACAACAAUGAGAUAAUACCACUAGAAAUCAUCAAUAUAUUCAUGUAUUGAUGUGUACAAUAAGUACAUACAUAUAUUAUUUAAAAGUGCACUUUAACCGCCAUAUUCAAGACCGCAACACCGUUGCAUGCGAUAAAAUAAAUCAAAAUAAAGAAAAUAAGAUAAAACCGUAACACAUUCUGUUGAAGAUGCGAAAGUUGACUAGCUUUGUGUGCGGCACUGGAGCUGGAUUGGCAGCUUACUACUUGCAGAGUUUACGCAACCCACAUACGGCGGUGCAGAACUCGUGGACGCACAGUGAAAAGCCGGUGGAUCCAUGGGCCCUUUGGGAUACCAACUGGGACUGCCGAGAGCCGCGAGCCCUGGUACGUCCUUUGCGGAACAGCCAACCUGAAGAGGAGAAUCGUUACAACGCAGAGUUGGAGAAGGCCAAGGCUAAGAAACCGCGCCACAUCAUUCUGGUGCGGCACGGUGAGUAUCUGGACGUAGGCGACUCCGAUGAAACGCAUCAUCUCACGGAGCGCGGCCGUAAACAGGCGGAGUUCACUGGGAAACGGCUAUGCGAACUUGGCAUUAAGUGGGACAAAGUGAUAGCUUCCACAAUGGUGCGGGCUCAGGAGACGUCGGAUAUCAUUCUCAAGCAGAUUGAUUUUGAUAAGGAUAAGGUGGUUAACUGUGCCUUCCUGCGUGAGGGAGCACCCAUUCCACCCCAGCCGCCAGUGGGUCACUGGAAGCCGGAGGCAUCUCAGUUCCUUCGCGACGGAUCGCGCAUAGAGGCCGCGUUCCGGCGUUACUUCCAUCGCGCAUAUCCCGACCAAGAUAAGGAGAGCUAUACCCUGAUCGUAGGCCAUGGCAAUGUAAUCCGGUACUUCGUUUGUCGCGCCCUGCAAUUCCCAGCUGAGGGCUGGUUGCGCAUUAACAUCAACCACGCCUCCAUCACCUGGCUGACCAUCAGCCCGUCGGGCAACGUCUCUAUCAAGUACCUAGGCGACUCCGGCUUCAUGCCCGCCCCACUGCUAACUAAUCGUAUUCCGCGCGACGUCAAAAACGUGGUUUAGUUACCUGCCCACCGAACUGCCUGGAUGAGAAGCAAUCUUAGUGUAUUUAUUGCCAAGCCUUAAAAGUAAAUCUGUAAGCUGAGAUCGAGUAACUGUAUAAAUCUACAUGUAAAUUAUUGUCGCACUUUAAAGCUCCAAAGGAAGAGGAUCUUUAAGACUUCCACAGAAAUAAUAAAUCUUUUAUAGAAAGCUGAA